AUGGGCUUCUUCGUCGUGCUCGCCCUUGCUCGUGUGGGGCCGCCUGCCAAGGGAUGUGGUGCGCCGAUAUCUGUGCUUACGCGCGGUCGCGGAGUUGAUUCGCCACCAUUUUUUACCGCUUAUACCACCGCCGUCAUUGUCGACAUCUGCACCGUUGGCUGCCUCCCCAUCCACACCCGCGCGUGCAUCGCUAAGCGCCCUGGUCUACUGCCCCUGCGGACGGACAUCGGCUGCGUCGACUGCUGUAUCAAUGUCUACGUCGCCAGCUGCGCCGUCAAGCUGUUUGACCAGCGAUCCGAUCCAUGUGCGGAUGGUUACGUCAACAUCUACACCGACAGCCCCUGGUCCCACCUCGCCGCGGGAUCUCCCGCCCAGCUCGAGAUACGUGCUGCGGGCUCCGCGCCGCAGGCUUCGCCACCGCCGCUGGUCUGCCGCACCGCCGCUGCCGCGGCGCAGGCUUCGGUCCCUAGCGACUCGCCCGCGCCGCCGCCGGCGGCGGCCGCGCAGGUGCAGCCCGUUGCAGUGGCCGCCGCCGCGGUGGUUCAGCAGCCUGUUGCUGCUGUGCCCCCAGCGCCGCCGCCGUCGGCGCCCCCUGGGGGCUGCGGCCGCGGCGGCUGCUGCGGCGGCUGCCAGCCGGUGGUGCCCACCGUGGCCGCGCCUGCGGUGCCGAUCGGCGCCAUGCAGCCGCCCUGGCCAUGCGGAGGGCCCUGCCAGGGUGGGUCCCUGCCUUCGCAGCCGGCGCCGCUUGGCUCCACUGCGGCCGCGGUGAUCCCUGCAGGGACGCCCAUGGCGCCUAUUUCCCCGAUGGGGGUGGCGCCCAUUUUUAUGUCAGCGCAGGGACAUAUUAUUCAAGGCUUUCCAGCCAUGCUGCCAGCGGGCGCCGGAGUGGCCGCCAUACCGCAGUUCGCUCCUGCAGCCCCGCCAGCGCCAGCUGCGCCGCCAGCGCCAGACCUGUGCGGCCAGCUGAGGGGGCAGAUCGAGUUCUACUUCAGCGACGAGAACCUCGCAAAAGACUUCUACCUCCGGCGGCAGAUGUCCAGCGAAGGCUACGUCUCACUCAUCACCCUGAGCGGCUUCGCGCGGGUGCGGCAGUUGGCGCCGAUGAACGAUGGCGGCACGGGCAUUAUCGGCCUCCUGGGCCAGGCGUUGCAGGGCUCGCAGCAGCUCGAGAUCGACGGAUCUUGUACCAAGGUGCGGCGCAGAGGGGAUUGGAAGAAGUUCGUGAUGACGGGGCCGUAG